AUGAAUCGCUAUACCACGCUGAAACAACUGGGAGAUGGCACAUACGGCAGCGUCCUCAUGGGAAAAAGCAACGAAUCAGGAGAACUGGUGGCCAUUAAGAGGAUGAAGAGGAAGUUUUACUCCUGGGAGGAGUGCAUGAACCUCAGAGAGGUGAAGUCGCUGAAGAAGCUGAACCAUGCCAACGUGGUGAAGUUAAAGGAGGUGAUCAGAGAGAACGACCACCUGUACUUUGUGUUUGAGUACAUGAAAGAGAACCUGUACCAGCUCAUGAAAGACAGGGAAAAUAAGAUGUUCACAGAGAACGAGAUUAGAAACAUCAUGUUUCAGGUGAUCUCUGGUUUGGCCUUUGUACAUAAGCAUGGAUUUUUCCAUCGGGAUAUGAAGCCGGAGAACCUGCUCUGCAUGGGGCCGGAGCUGGUCAAGAUCGCAGACUUCGGAUUGGCCAGAGAGAUCCGCUCCCGUCCACCCUACACGGAUUACGUCUCCACACGCUGGUACCGUGCUCCAGAGGUGCUUCUCCGCUCGUCCGUGUACAGUUCGCCCAUUGACCUGUGGGCCGUGGGCUGCAUAAUGGCUGAGCUGUACACACUCAGACCCCUGUUCCCCGGCAACAGCGAGGUGGACGAGAUCUUUAAGAUCUGCCAGGUUCUGGGCACUGUGAAGAAGAGCGACUGGCCGGAGGGGUACCAGCUGGCUGUGGCGAUGAACUUCCGGUUCCCCCAGUGUGUCCCGACUCCCCUGAAAACUCUCAUUCCUAACGCCAGUAACGAGGCCAUCGCUCUGAUGAAGGACCUCCUGCAGUGGGACCCGAAGAAGAGACCCACCGCUGUACAGGCUUUACGAUACCCUUACUUUCAAGUCGGCCACGCCCUGGGCCCCCGGCCCGUGACCCCAGAGGUCAGGAAAGCGAAGCCAAAGGCGACGCAGCCGAGCGAGCCCAAGUCAGACCCGGACUCAGGAUCAGAACCUGCGCACAGGUCUCAGCUCAAGGCCCAGGCACGGAACUCCCAUCAGCCACUGCAGCAGAUCCCUCUGCCUCAGACAGACGGCCAGGCUGAGUCCCAACGCCCAUUACCCCUCACCGUACAAAAGAAGGCAGUGGGGAAUGAGAAUAGCCUGACGGGGCUAAAAAGUGGGCGGAGACGAUGGGGACAGACAGUGUCCAAACCCUCAGACAGCUGGGACGAUUCGGACCACUCCGACACCGCAGCGUCCAACUCUAAGAAACCCAGUAUUGGGCCAGAGGCCGACAGCACCAGCAAGGAAGCCGCCCCUCAGCCAAAAGAACAAAAACCACUCUACACCUUCACGACGGUGACCAAGUUGCCUAGCAACAUCAAGACAAACCAACCCGACACAGGUCACCAAAGCUCCUCCUCUUCCUCUUCAGCAAGACAGCACUACCUGCGCCAAUCAAGAUAUCUCCCAGGCUUGAUCAGCAAGAACGCGUCGUCAAACGGAGACCGAGAGGCGGGCCGAGACCUGUGGGACAGUCCUACGUCUUUAAUGAACAAACCCCUCGCGCCCAUCGGAGGGGUGCAGCCCGUGACCCGAAUCAGCCCAGCAGAGGAGAAUGCUCCUCUUUCCUCUGAUAAAGCCAAAGAAAAAACCCUAGAGAAAACCGAGCAGCCAAAAGGAAACUUUGUCAGCACGACGUACAGCCUGUCUGGAGGGUACGGCCCGUCUUUCCAGAAGAGAGAAGUGGGUUCUGUGGGGCAGAGGAUUCAGCUGGCCCCUUUAGGAGGCCAGAACGCACUCGAUCUCUCUAUCCCUCCUGAUUCUAAAAAUGGCAAAACAAAACCGUCAAAACCAAAACCAACCGCCAGCACAUCUCUGAAUGAGUCUAACGAAGACUAUGAGGGAUGGAAGAGGCGGGUGGACAGGACGCAGCUGAAGGGACCGAAUUACUCGGCGCUGGGGAAGAACUCCGGCAGCCUCCUGUCACGAGCACCUGCCGUCCAGCCGGUCCACGGCAGGGUCGACUGGGCAGCCAAAUACGGAAGCCAGCGAUAA